CGAUUCCAGGCGGCAUUCUUCAUAUUUCAUCAUAAAUUAGGUUUUAAUUUAUUAAUUAGUUAGAAAGAACCCUGGUAAGAGCCAUGGAUGCCAAGAAGAUAUCUUUUGGCUUCAGUAAGGUGGCCAAAAAACCGAAUAUUCUGCCCAGCAAGCAGGCAAAAGAGGAAACCAAAGUAGAGCUGAUCAAAUGUUUGGAGGGAAAGGAAAUCAUGCUGGUGGCAGAAAAAGUGGAAGAUGCCCCUCUGGUCAUCGAAAUGCAGGGCAGCCAGAAGACUUCCUCCGCUCUGGCCAGCCUGAUGAAGCGGCGGGCAGUUCUGCUAGGCGAGGAGGAGCCAGAUCCGGAGGAGGUGACUCCAGCAGCACAGUCCAUUGCAGAGGUCACUGCAUGUGGUCCAAAGGAAAGUCUGGAACAGCGUGCUGCUCGGGAAUUGCUGGCUGCAAGUGAAAAUAAUGGUACCGAAGGGCUAGAUGGUCAAAAACUCGUCCUGCCUGCUGUCAAAGCAGACGAGCUGCCUCUCGAUGGAGCCAAGGAGGCUACCCUUGAUGACUACGACAACAUACCAAUCCAGCAAUUUGGCCUGGCUAUGCUGCGCGGCAUGGGUUGGAAGGAUCCGCCACCCAAAAAGAAGGGUUCGGGGCCCAUUGACGAUGCUCCCUUUCUACGACCCAAGGGCAUGGGUCUGGGAGCUGAUAAGGCACUCAAACCUAAGGCACUGCUGGUGCAGCCAGAAAAGAACGAGGUGCUGGAGAUUAAGAAGCAGGCGUACGUUCGUAUCCUGGGUGGCAAGCAGAAGGAUCAGUACGGGCAAAUCGAGGGAUUUGACGAUCAUGCUGGGCGAGUUAUUGUCAAAAUGGCCAUUGGGGGUUCCAAGGAGGCGUUCAACGAGUUUCUCUGUCAGCCUGUAUCCCGAAAGGAGUACGCUCAGUACGGAAAGUGCAUAAACUCCGCGAAGUAUGAAGAGUUUAAAAAACAGGAAAACGAGCACGGUCAAAUUAUUGUAAAGCAGGAUAAGUCAACCGACAGAAGAGACAGAGACCGCAGGGACGAUGAUCGAGAACGCAAGAGUUAUAUAGCGGAGGAACCGAGAUCGGGCAAAGACGAAAAUCGAAGGCGGCACAAAGAUGAAGAUAAAAAGCAAUACAAAGUUGAAGAUAAAAAAUCGUACAAGGAUGAAGAUAAAAGAUCUUACAAGGAUGAAGACAAUAGAUCUUAUAAGAAUGAACAUAAAAGAUCUUACAAGGAUGAAGACAAUAGAUCUUAUAAGCAUGAAGACAAAAAAUCCUACAGAGAUGAAAAUCACAUAUCAUACAUAGACGAGAACCGAAAAGCACAUAAAACAGAGCACCGCAGCGAAAGGACUUUCAAAGAAGAGUCGCAUUCCCUCAAGGAAGAGGACCGUGAUAGAAGAAGGUAUGUACAGGAUUCUCGCAGUAAUAGCUCCUCCACAUCUAAACGCGAGGAGCGUGAUCGGAGGCGUUCGCCAAGUCCGAGGAGCAACAGCUCUUCCUUAUCCAAGCGCGAGGAGCGUGACCGGCGCCGAUCGCCGAGUCCCAGGAGCAGCAGGAGGGCAAAGAGCAGUUCAGACGAGGCGGACGAUACGGGAGAGUCCACCGAGAGUGACUCGGACUCAGCAUAUGAGCGCAGAAAGCACAAGAAAAAAUCAUCCAGCCGAAAGUCCAGAAAACACUCGAAAAGGUCCAAAGGUAAAUCGAAGCGGGCGGACAACGACUCUAGCAUGGAGAGCGAUGACAGCCUGGAUGAGCAGCAUCGACGGCACCCCAGCAAGCACAAAAAGAAGACCAAGAAGAGCAAGCACGCCAGAUCCCGCACGCGAUCCAGAUCAAGGGGAAGGGGCAGAUAGAUAGGGUCGCAAU